UGUGAGCGGAAACACGUACUGAGUAAGCCUUGUGCUCCACCAUUUUCAGCAUCAAUUAUACUUCUAUCCUUUCCACUGGCGCUUAUGCAUUACUCGCUUGCUGCGUUACAAAGCCAGAAUACUUAAAAUUUGCGAAGAGAUUUGUCUGUUGUUCGGUUUGCGUAUUUCCAACUGUCUUGUAAGAUGAGGCGUAGACACACAUGCCACGGUCACUGUCAUCAGUAUGCCCGAAAUGAUGGCAUGGUCGGAGUGGGAAUUCCCAGCAUCGUGCUGGGGCUGGCCGCUGUUUCACUGAAUGUUUUUGCGCUUGGAAUGUUGUGGCGCUUACCACAUCCCAUUAGUGCCCUGCCCCACGCAUCAAAUCUUAUGGCAGCGACGACUAUGGUCAUAGGCGGUUACAAUUUCUUGGACGGGGGAUUUCGCCAACGUAUGUAUACGUCUACAAUUCCAACGGCUGUCGCGUGCCUGGGUUACGGCAUCUAUCAUCUCUCCCAAUACGCUGCCGCUGGAAAAUGUGCUGCUAUGCAGAUUCUGGUGGCAUGCAAGCAGUGCUGCCAAAACUGCAACUUUUCCUGCAGCGAAGAUCUCAACAUCUUGAUAAGCCAUGUCUUCAUGCUCAUCCUGGGGAUCCACAUGGUCAUCGGCACCACAUGGCUGAUCGCCUGCUUUGUGAAUUUUCUGGAUGUAAAGAAACAGCGUCGAGGCGAAAAGGGAAACGCUCUUCAGGAGAGAGGAUGUGAUUGCGCAAAUCCAUAAGGCGGGCAGUGAACACCGAGCAAGGAACAACCCUAGCGACCUUACUUCUGUGCAGCGGCUGCGGAAUUUAGGAUGCGUUAAUGGAAGACAUGGAUAUCUUUCGAUAGUUUAACUGUUACCGGCAGUAAAUCUUUUCAUUCGCAUGAUGUGACGCAUUGUUGACUUUUCUUCUACAUUAAAUGGAAUUUAUAAAUGCUGUUAAAUAACAGUACGUUUCCGCUUGCAUACUUACAAGCACAUACUCGUAAGUGUAUAAUUUGUCCCCGUACUUAUAAGUGCAUAAUCUGUUUCGUAUGCUGUUGCAUGAUAUCAGAUUUAUAUAGAUUUUUUAUCAGAUUCAUAUGCUGGUUUUCGCAACGAAUUUUUCAGCUGCAGUGGUAAUUUAUGAUCGCGCUUGUCGUUUGCCACAAAAACAUAACAAAUCGC